AUGGAAGAUCCUCUCCAAGACCCAUCUCUUAAACCAGGAGAGAAGUUGAUAUAUUCAAAGGAGAUCAAUUUCAAGUUCCAUAACAAAGCUGAAAAUGAAAUUCAGCUUCGCCCAACAAUUAUCAAGAUAUUUACUUUUAGAGAUGAUGACGACAAAUUAGAAACAAUCAGAUUUGAAAUUUCACAACAAGAAAACGUUUUCUUCCUAUAUUCUGUUGAAUAUGACGAAGAAUCAUUCGAAACAUUAAAGAACAAAGAAAGUUUAAAGAUAUCGUUCGAAGAUUUCCCAACAAUUAUGAUAGAAAUCUUAAAUAAAGCGGCUUUAGAGAAAGAUGAAUAUAAUGUUGAGUUCGAAAUCCCAACCAACGACUUAUUACAGUUAAAUAUAGUCAUGCCUCUUAAAUUUAAGGAUGUACCAAUCUUCUCUCUUGAUUUCCAGGAGGAAGAUGAUGCUUUAAUAGAAAAACAAGUUCAAUACAGAUACAAUGUUGUUCAAUACGAACUUAGAAAGACACGCAUUGAAAUUUCUAACUUUAUUGAUACAUUAGGCUUAUCAAAGCCAAGCGGAAAGGGCAAAGGCCUUAGAAAAUAA